CCCGCCCGCUCCGCUUUGUGCGGCAGCCCCGUUCCGCGCCCCGCUCCGCGCUCCGCUCCGCUCCCCCGGCACCGCCCGGAGCCGCGGGGCCAGCCCGGCUCUGCCCGGCUCCGCCCGGCCAGCUCAGCAGCCAUGGAGGCAGCGCUCAUCUUCCUGUGCUCCCUGCUGGUACCAGCGGCCGUGGCAGACGUGGCCACCCCGGAGAAGGAGGAGGAGGAUCCCUUUAACUAUGAUUACCAGAGCCUGAGGAUCGGGGGGCUGGUGUUCGCCGUGGUCCUGUUCACCGUGGGCAUUCUCCUCAUCAUCAGCAGGAGGUGCAGGUGCAGUUUCAAGCAGAAGCCCAGGGCUCCAGGGGACGAGGAGGCUCAGGCAGAGAACCUGAUCACCUCGAACGAGAGCUCCCGGGCAGUGCAGACCCCUGGCCCGGCCCCCGAGUGUCACGGUGUGUGUCCCGGUGCUGUCCCUAGUGUGCCGUCGGUGUUACCACGAAACAAAGAGCUCCCUGUGCUGGCCACGCCGGGCCCGCGGCUGGCAUCGCCCGGGGAGGGGCACGACAUCCCGGUGCCCACCGCCGGCAGGGAUGCGCCGCGGACAUCGCCGCGCCGCGGUGCUGCUGGGCCCCGGGACGGCUCGGAGGUGGCACGGAGGUUUGUCUCCCAAUUAAUGCGCGUUCCCGUGGGUGCCCACUCGCAGAGCGAGGCGCCCGCCGGACGACACGCCGAGGCCAUGGGUGACGAGCAAGUGCCCGAGCAGGGCCAGGACAGGUUCAGCUACGACUAUGACACCAUCCGCAACGGGGGGCUGAUCUUCGCCGUCGUGGCUUUUGUGAUCGGGCUCCUCAUCAUCCUCAGCCAGCGGUUCCACUGCGGAGGGAGGAAGAAGAGGAGGCAAGGGAACGAGGAAGAGCUGUAGGUGCAGAGCUGCAGUGCCACCACGGAGGCAGAGCUCCAGCCGAAGCCCAGGAGUCCUGGCCAGUGGCCACCCCUCACCCCGCUCCAGUGGAUCCAUUACCCCGCAAGGCCAGAACGCAAAUUACCCUCGUGCUUCCCCCUCUCUUAGACCCAGCAAGAGUUUCUUGGCUAAUAAAGUUCAAACUCCGAGAGGUUAAACUGUGUGCCCGAGGCGUUUGAAUCGCCCACUCUCCUGGCCCGGCGCCAAUCACUUUUCUGCCCUGCAGGCGUCUUCCACCGCAGACCCAGGAAAGGUUCCCGCAGCCCGAGGCACGGAGCAGGCAGCCGCCUCCGCCCUGGGUUUGCUCCGGAUGUUUCUUCUCCCAGCUGCGGGUCCUGGAUCCUGCGGCACUUGCCUUUCCCUUGGGAUGCCCAGGCAGCGGCCGGCAGCACUGCGGGGCUCUUUGUGUGCUCGUGGUCUGGCUGGGAUGGGGUUAAUUCUCUCCCUCGCGGUGCUGGGCUGUGUGUCGGGAGAUGGGAAGGUGUCGGGAACGCUCCGGCUCCUGCUGCUCCCACAGCAGCAGCGCUGUCCCUGGGGUGGGCAGGAUCCUGGCAGGGGACACGGCCAGGACAGUCCCAAAGUGACCAAAGGGAUGUUCCAGACCAGGCGACACCUGCCAAGGUACAGAAGAAAAGGGAAAGGAGGGGAAAGGGGGGUGUUCGUGAGUUACAACAUUUGCCUUACAGAACAAUCCUGACUUCCCGGGAAGGGGCUGGGCACCACCUGCGGACGGCAAGUGGAGAAUUUCAGACUUCUGGGUUUCUUCUUUCCCCCUUUUCUUGCGCUCACGCUCCCUCUGCUUUCACUUUA